CUUCUACCCCAGACAGGGCUGAGUCCCACUGCAACUUCGGUCCUCACAGGGACGACACAUGUUCUUGGACUACAAAGAGACGAGCAAGACAAGAAGAGGAGGACAAAGGGAGAGGGAGAGACAAACGAAGAGAGAAAGAGAGCAAACGUGAAAGUUGUUCAAAGGGAAAGAUCAGAAUAUUUUGCUCUUGCAUUAGUGUGUGUCUGUGUGUGUGUGUGAGUGUGACUGCUUAUGUCUUAUAAGCGGUGUGUUCUCUUGUCUAGACUGGUGUUGCAUCAGUUCUUGAGUCUUGUCUUGUGGGGAAUGUGUUUUACAAGUCUUUGUGUUCCUCUGAAGUAGCUUUGAAGUUGGGAUUGUUUGUUUGACUGUAUUUGUGGGACUGGAUAUGACUGUGUGGAUAUGGGUGUGUGUGUGCUAAAACUGGUCAAGAUCGGCUGCAUCUCUUGUAGAAAGCAUUCUGUGCAGGUAUCAUCAAAGGGCACCCUAGGCCUUGCCAUAUUCUUCAGAGUAACUGUCUGAGAGUGUGAGUUGGGGGGGGGGGUUUCUGCUUGCAAUUUUGUUGCACUUGAUCACUCCAAUAUUGUGUGAAAGUCUGUACUUUGUGCAAGCAGAUUAAUUAGAGUGCUUUGUAUAUAUCUUGUGUUUGAGUGUGUGUGUCUGUGUUUAGUAGUUUAUUUAUAGCUUAGGGAUGGAUUCUCGCCGGUCCUCUUCUUUUCUCCUCCUCUUGUUCUCCUCAUGUCCACUUGUCGCCAUGGCAGCCAUGGACGCCUGCUAUGACGACGAGGGCCUACCGAGUCGCUGCAUGCCUAAGUUUGAGAAUGCUGCCUUCAACCGCACCAUCAUGGCGUCUAACACGUGCGGUUCCCCGCCCGAGGACUACUGCAUGCAGACGGGUUCCACGCGGUUCUGUCACAACUGCAACAUGUCAGACCCUGCGCGACAUCACAAUGCCACCUACCUGACGGAUUUCCAUAGCGACGAGGAGCCCAGCUGGUGGCAGAGCCAGUCCAUGUUCUACGGGGUGCAGCACCCCAACUCCGUCAACCUCACGCUUCAUCUAGGUAAGGCGUUUGAGAUCACGUACGUGCGUCUGAAGUUCUACACCAGCCGUCCUGAGAGCUUUGCCAUCUACAAGCGCUCGGAGGAGGGCGGGGCCUGGCAACCGUACCAGUUCUACAGCGGCUCGUGCCGCAAGACCUACGGCCGUAAUUCCCGCGGCUUCAUCCGGCCGGGCGGAGACGAGCGCACGGCACACUGCACCGACGAGUUCAGUGACAUCUCACCGUUGACCGGGGGCAACGUGGCCUUUUCCACGCUGGAGGGACGACCCAGCGCUUACAACUUUGAUCAGAGCCCAGUGCUACAGGACUGGGUGACUGCUACCGACCUGCUGAUAUCUCUGGACAGACUGAACACAUUUGGUGAUGAGUUCUUCAAGGAUGCUAAAGUGCUUCGCUCUUAUUUCUACGCCAUCUCCGAUUUCACAGUCGGUGGCAGGUGUAAGUGUAAUGGGCACGGGAGCGAGUGUGUGAUCGGUGACGUGGGUAAGCUGGAGUGUGUGUGUGAGCACAACACAGACGGAGCAGACUGCCAGCUCUGCGGCCCCUUUCAUCAGGACCGGCCGUGGGCACGCGCCACCGCCGACUCUGCCAACGAAUGUGUGCAGUGUAACUGCAGCGGUCAUGCAGACACGUGUGUGUUUGACGCGGAGCAGUACCGCAGCACAGGCAGUGGGGGGCGCUGUGUGGGCUGCAGGGAUCACACUGCCGGGCCUCACUGUGGGAGAUGUGAACUAAACUUCUACAGACCUUCACCACAACAGCAGUGCAGGAACUGCAGCUGCAAUGCCAUGGGCUCCGUCAGUCUCCAGUGUGACACAGAGGGUGUGUGUGUGUGUCGGGAGCAUGUGACAGGGCUGAAGUGUGAUGCAUGUGAGCCUGGGUUCCACUCCCUCAGCCCAGCUGGAUGCAGGGUGUGUGAGUGCGACACCAGGGGCAGCGUGGGAGUUUGCUCUGCUGAAGAUGGCCACUGCCACUGCAAGAACAACGUAGAAGGACACAACUGUGACAGAUGCAGGCCUGGUACAUUUAACAUACAGGAAGAGGACCCUGAAGGUUGCCAACCCUGUUUCUGCUUUGGCCACUCCCUCGUCUGUUCUUCCUCCAAUCAGCACACUCCAAUCAACAUCACCUCGGACUUCCUUGACGACGCUGAUGGGUGGACGGGGCGUUUCUCAAGAGAUCAGGACUCUGCUCUGCUGUGGAAGGAGGGGGAGGUGUACCUGCUCCCCUACAGUGACCAUGACCUGGGCUACUACACCGCACCAGCUAAGUUUCUGGGGAACCAGUUGCUAAGUUACGGCCAGACCCUUUGGAUCCGCUUCCUGUCAGAGACUCCGGAGCUCCUGCCCCAGAGUGUCUCUGUGGUGAUGGAGGGUUCCGGAAUGGCUGUGUCUGCCCAACUCUCUCGCCAGAAUGACCAGCUGCUUCAAGGCCAAAGCACAGCAGUCUUUACACUCAGAUUGAAAGAGAGGGAGCUGAGACCCCUCCUGUCAGCCUUUGAGUUCCGUCGCCUCCUCUCCAACGUGACCGCACUCCAGAUCAGCAACGCAGGGGGACUCAACUAUACGUCCCAGUUAGCUGGUGUGACACUGGGUUCCGCUCAGACGGUUCUGCUGGGUUCUGGUUCUUGGUCCGGAGGAGGGUUGGAGUCUGCGUUGGCAUCAUGGGUGGAGGUGUGUCAGUGCCCGGCAGGCUUUAGCGGGCGCCACUGUGAGCUGUGUGCCCAAGGCUUCACCCGCGAGGAGCCCGGCGGAGGCCCCUAUGCCCGCUGCGUGCCCUGCAACUGUAACGGGCAUGGAGACUGCCACCCUGAGACAGGAGUGUGCACCUGCACAGGCUUCACCACCGGACCAACCUGUGAGAGAUGCCUGGAUAGUUACUACGGCAAUGCCUUGUUUGGCAGUUCCAGAGACUGCCAGCCUUGUCCCUGCCCAGACCGUACCAGCUGCGCCCAGCUGCCCGAUACAGGGGAUGUGGUCUGUACCAACUGCCCCAGUGGACAGAGGGGUGAGUCAAACAUCUCUUACCGCUCAGCUAAAGCAGAGGAGAGGAGAAACACACUUCCACCACCCUCACUCAGAGAUGGAACAUUUUUGAGUCAGAUAGUAAAGAAAAAAUGUCCUUGUCUUUGUUCCACCCAUCUACUUAAGAAGGUGAUUUGUUUUGCUACAUUAGCCCCUUCCCUUGUGCUAAUUAGCCAAUGCUAGUGGUUACCUCCAAGGCCCAGAGAUGACUUUUAAUUUGUGACUGUGGACUUCCUGCACCAUCGCACACACUGCUUCAUACUAAUUACUCCGUUUGAAAUGGUCGCCUCAAAGAAAGUAAGGUAUUUUACUGUCUUUUACAGUCCACAGAUAGUC